GCUGUUUUAAUUGUAUUGUUUACAUUCGAAAACAAAAAAUUGCCGUUUCCGUCACUUCGCGAUUCCUAUCGUAGAUAUUGCAAAAAUUAUUACAAUAUUAUUGCAAUGUCAAUUUUAAUUUGCAUCAGUGACUUAACCGAAAAGCAAGAAUUCAAAGAGAUUGACGGUAAUAGUAAAGUGCAUACACUGCCAAGAAAAGCACUUUGGAGUCGCGUGACAUCUCUACGACCGCCUAAUAAACCCACACAUGCCGAUAAUGCUCAGAAAGAUAGCAAAACUCGUACACUGCGCCGCUUAAUAAUCGAAAUUGAAGGCAUCAGCGCCUUCUAUCUCUUGCGUGAGUUGCAACACUUUACCCAACUUCGUUUGCAGCUAAGCGCGAAUCCAGCGUUGCGUGGUGUGGAUAUACUGUGGCUUCAACUGCGCCCCCCAAAAAAAGAAGUGAUCGACUACAAAUGGAAUCUUAUUUUGGCCCAUACACUGUGGGAGCGUAUCGAAGUAGAGUACCUAAUGUCAUGGUUAUCCACGUUAGGUGGUGGUUUCUCUGCGCUUGGUGAACAGUUUAGUAGAUGUGCGGAUGUGGCGGGUAAAAUAUCUCUGCGACAACUGCAUAUUGGUCUGCGACUAGGUGAUCCAUUCCUGCAAGCACGUUGCAAAUUGUAUUACAGCAUUUCAUUAAUACAAACUGGCCGCUUAAGGCAAGCUAAAUACAUAAUACGUGAGCAAUAUAAAUUCGCCAUGAAACAGAAGGAAUUGGAUGGACGUUUAGUGAAAAUGUGUCAAGGUAUUUGGUUACGUCUACAAUACGAGUACGGUUUACGCCUAAAGACCAAGAAAAGUACUCCAGAUAUACAUGGUGGUUCAAGCGAUAAAUGAUAUUGCGAUCAAAUAUUUUUUUUAUUUUAUUACACAAUGAUGAUGUUCAACACUGAAAGUUAAGUGAAUGAAUUUUAAAUUCAAUAAAUGUAUUUUUACAAGGCAUGCCUAUAA